AUGACAAUGCAACCUACAAUUUUUGAAGCAAACUCCCCUAAAAAAAUCCUUCGUACUCCAUUCUUAUUAAGCUUUCCUAGUACUAAGCAGAACUAUAUUCAUUUGGCUUCCUUUUCCUCAGCUAAGCCAACAGUUCGAAGAACACUUAAAGCUUGUUCAUCAAAACAAUCCGAGACAACAGUUCGUCCAUUAGCCAACUUUCCUUCUACUGUCUGGGGGGAGCGCCUUGGUUCUCUUCCAUUUGAUCAAUCGGGAUUUGAAUCAUUAAGUAAACAAGUACAACUGUUGAAGGAAAAGGUAAAAAAUGACAUGUUAACGGCGUCAACAAGUGAUUCAGUAGAAAAAAUCAUCUCGAUCGACUCACUAUGUCGCCUUGGCGUAUCAUAUCAUUUUGAGGACGAGAUUGAAGAGAAUUUAAAUAAGAUUUUCAAUAACCAACCUAAUUUUCUUAAUGAAAAUGAUUAUGAAAAUGAUUAUGAUCUCUACACCGUUGCUGUAAUAUUUCGGGUGUUUAGACAUCACGGUUUCAAAAUCUCUUCUAAUGAGGCCUUAACUUCACUAAGGCUUUCUUGGAGGUCUCUGCGGAUUGAGUCAUUCCCUGAUUUUGCAAAGCAUAUUAACCAAUGCCUAGAGCAGCCUGUACCAAAGGCCUUACCAAGGCUAGAGGCAAGAAAAUAUAUCGAUUUAUACGACGGUUGAAUUGAAAAUCAAAAUGAAGCUCUACUAGAAAGCUUGCAAAGUUUGGAUUUUAACAGCCAAGUACAAUUACUACACCAGAAAGAUUAAGUCGAAUUUCUCAAAGUUAGCAAUUAAUUGAUAUUUCAGGGUUGGUGGAAAAAUGUUGAAUUUACUAAGGAAUGUCUCCUUAUGCAAGAAAAUAGAAGGCGGGAAAUCUUCUCUUUUGGACAGUUUUCUAUGUAUUUCAACCUCCAAUAUGCAAAGGCUAGAAUGAUUGUUUCCAAAGUUGUAUUUUUAUCUGCAAUUAACUAGGAUGACACAAUUGAUGGCUAUGGGCUUGGAUUGAAUCAUCUUCCUGGGAUACAUGAAAGAUAAUCUUAUAAAUUAAUUGAUCAACACCACAUUAACAAUGAAUUUGAAAAAGAUUUGGAGGCAGAAGGAAAGUCUUACAGCAUCAAGUACGGAAGGGAAGCGUUUCAAGAACUAGUGCGAGCGUAUUACCAGGAGGCUCUAUGGAAGGCUGACGGAAAAGUGCCAACAUUUGAUGACUAUAUUUUUAACGGAGGAGUGACUUCGGGAUUGCCUCUUGUUGCAACUGUAUCUUUUAUGGGAGUAAAAGAAAUCAAAGGAAUUAAAGAAUUCGAAUGGUUGAAAACCUAUCCAAAGCUCAACCAAGCUGGAGGCGAGUUUGGCCGUAUGGUGAAUGAUGUAAUGUCUCAUGAGACUGAGCAAAAUAGAGGACAUGUUGCUUCUUGCAUCGAUUGCUAUAUGAACCAAUAUGGAGUUUCCAAAGAGAAGGCAAUGGAAGAGAUCCAGAAAAUAGCUACAAAUGAAUGGAAGAAAGUAAACGAGCAACUUAUUAUGCAGUCUAAAGAAGUAGUAUCAGUGGGUAUCCUCAUGAGAAUUGUUAAUCUUGUUCGUCUAGCAUAUGUCAGUUACAAGCAUGGAGAUGGAUAUACUGAUUCAAAGCAUUUGAAAGACUAUGUCAAAGGAAUAUUCCUUGAACCUAUCCCCGUUUGA